GUCUUUAAACAGGUGUGUUCAAGCGCUAUAUAAAAAGGUGCACGUCCCCCUCAACUUCUACUGAAGACAGUCACAAUGAAGUUCGUGAUCUUGGCUUUGUUUGUCGCUGGUGCCUACGGGUGCGGCCUGCCCACUUACCCUCCCGUCAUCACCAGGGUGGUUGGUGGAGAUGAUGUCCGUGAGAACAGCUGGCCCUGGCAGGUGUCUCUGCAGUACCAGAGUGGCAGCAGCUUCUACCAUACUUGUGGUGGCACCCUGAUCUCCAACCAGUGGGUCCUCACUGCUGCUCACUGCAUCAGCAGUCGCACCUACAGAGUCUACCUGGGAAAACACAAUCUCAAGACCAACAAUGAGGCUGGUUCCAUCGCCAUCAGCCCCACCAAGAUUGUCGUCCACGAGAACUGGGACUCUUACAGAAUCCGUAACGACAUUGCCCUGAUCAAGCUGUCAACUCCUGUCACUUUCUCUGACUCCAUCAUGGCCGCCUGCCUUCCCAACUCUGGCGACAUCCUUCCUAACAAUGCUCCCUGCUACGUCACCGGCUGGGGCCGUCUCUGGACCGGAGGUCCUCUUGCCGACAUCCUGCAGCAGGCCCUCCUCCCUGUGGUCGACCACUCCACUUGCACCCGGUCUGACUGGUGGGGCAGCCUGGUCACCAGCAACAUGGUCUGUGCUGGAGGAGACGGACAGCUGGCUAGCUGCAACGGAGACUCUGGCGGUCCCCUGAACUGUCAGAACCCUGAUGGCUCCUGGGACGUCCACGGUGUGGUGAGCUUCGGCUCCAGCAUGGGAUGCAACUACCCCAAGAAGCCCUCCGUCUUCACCAGGGUCAGCGCCUACAUCUCCUGGAUCAACAACGUGAUGACCACAAACUAAGAUGUUGGCUGUUCCACUUCAUAUACUGUAAAUUCAUCAAAUAAAGCAUGUAGUGGCUAAUA